UCCUUGAACACCCCCAGGGACGGUGACGCCACCACCUCCCUGAGCAACCCAUCCCAAGGCCUGACGGCUCUUUCUGACAGAAAUGUCUCCUCGUUUCCAGCCCGAACCUCCCCCGGCGCAACUCGAGGCCGUUCCCUCUGGUCCUGGCACAGUUACCUGUGAGCAGAGGCCGACCCCCAGCUCCCCGCUCCUCUCAGGGAGCUGCAGAGAGCAGCGAGGCCUCCCCUGAGCCGCCUCCAGACCGAGCACCCCCAGCCGCCCCUCACGGACUCGUGUCCCAGGCCCUUCCCCACCCUCGUAGCCCUGCUCUGGACACGCUCCAGGCCCUCGAUGUCCUUCUGCGUGCCGCACUCCUCCUUCAUGUCGGGGAAGCUGAAGAAGAGCAGGAAGGCGGUGCUGGGGGAGAAGCGGUGGCAGAGCCUGGAGGAGAGGGGCAGUGCGGGCACCCAGCCGGGGUCGCACCCCGCACUCACCAGGUCCAAAACCUACGACCCCUCCUGUAAGGAGACGGAGGAGGCUGAGGUGGCUGGAGGCCAGCACGGAUCCCUGUCCUCCUCGCUGAACAAGCGCAGCUCCAGCUUCCGCAAAGCCUUCGAGGAGAUCGCCGGGCGGGAAGCGCUGCUGGCCUGCUUCUCCUGCGCCUGGCAGCGAGAGGUGCCCUACCAUGGCCGCCUCUACGUCUCCUCCGGCCACGUCUGCUUCCACGCCAGCCUGCUGCUCAAGGACAUCAAGGCGGUCGUCCCCAUCACGUCCAUCUGCGCCCUCAAGAAGACCAACAUGGCGCUGCUGGUGCCCAACGCGCUCAGCAUCCGCACGGCCGAGGGGGACAAGUUCCUCUUCGUGUCGCUGCGCCAGCGGGAGGCCACGUUCCAGCUCCUGAAGUCGCUCUGCAAACACCUGCAGGACAACGGCUGGAGCCCCCUGGCCUCUCCCCUCAACGGCAGCGCCGCGCAAAUCCUUAAGAAGCCUCUGACCUCAAGCCAGUCAGACCUAGAGGAGAGCGCUGCGGAGCCCGACAGCCUCCUGGAGCCGCCGGAGGAGGUGAGCCAAGACGAGGAGGAGGCAGCGGUGACAGCAGAGGAUGCGCCGGCUGUAGGCAGAGGGGAUCCCAGCCCAGCGCCCCGCGCCCGGACUGCUGCGCCACUGAGCCCCUUCAGCACCAUCAUCCUCAUCUACCUGCUGCUGAUGGUGUCCCUGCUGCUGACCUCGGGGUACAUCGGGCUGCGCAUCCUGCAGCUGGAGCAGCAGCUGGCGGACGCGGGGGCUUGGCCAGACCUGGACCUGUUGCACCAGUGA